AUGUGCUCCAAUAACUGCGCUACUGCACCUGUUUCACUCAACCUGAGCGCCAAAGAAUGCACGAAAUCUCCUGAUGACGCAGACCUUUUUAUCCGUACGCAAACCAGGAGCUCUCUCACUCACUACUAUACGCAUUCCCCCUACGCCAUCGGUCCCUUAAUUUUAUCGGAAAAGGAUGUCGAACUGACGACUUUGGGAUCGGACUCUCCCAGCUUAAACGAAGACAACCCCAAGCCCGGUUCUGACGCUUCCGAGAAUCGGCGUCGGAAGAAAGAUGCCUCUGCCGGGAACAACGGCCCCAAUCACGGUGGCCAUGCCACAUCCCCUGUGAACAAAAAAAACAUCUGCAGACAUUUUAUCGGCGGAACGUGCAACCGGGGGUGCUGUUGUCGAUUCUACCACCCGGGUUCGAUUCACCGCGUCGUGCUGCCGCUUUGCUCACGCGCGCCGACGCAGGAGUCGAUCACCCCCCUCCUCGACAUCGCGCUUCAACAACAACGGCUGAACAAACGAGUGAGCCUGUCUAUCCCGACCCUGGAGGCCAUCCCCGCCGCGGUGAUGGACGGGGAAGGGCCGACGAGCUGUGAGUUUAUCUCCCACGCCAGCCUGGGCUCCUUGGAUGCGGGGCUCAGCAACACGACGCACGACGACGGGGGCUCCGUCGGAAGGUGGAGGGGCCUCCCCAUCCCAGACACCCCCGGGGAGGAGGAGGACGACGAAGAAAGGUGCGCCGACACCCCGCCCGAGCGGUCCUCGGUUUUUUCUCCGAUUCGGGACGGCUCCUCGGAUCGCGAGAGGUUGAAGGGGGAAGGGAGGGGAUUAAUGGAUUCGACGCCGACCGCCUCGCUGAUGAACGGCCUCUUUGAGAGGCCCAACGGCGAGGCGCCUCCGCCACCCACAGGGGAGGCCGUGCAGGAUCGCCUGGGAUCGAGGCUGAGGCCUUUCCCAUUCCCCACAAUGUCGUUCGGAGAGCGGUUGAACGCCCGCCGGGGUCGACGCCUCAAUCAAGACGGCGUUAAGCGUUUGUGGAGUAAAUCAAAUACACCCUACCGUGGUAAAUUUAGCAAGUAUACAGAACUCAAUCUGGAAUACUCUUGUGAGCAAUCGGCAUACCCUCAGCUGACGUGUGAACGGAAUUCUGGAUAUCUAAUACCUAAUAACAGAUAA